AUGACCGAUAGACUAACACAACUGCAAAUAUGUCUCGAUCAGAUGAUGGAACAAUUCUGUGCUACAUUGAAUUACAUUGAUAAGAAACAUGAUUUUGAAACAAUUGGCGAAUUUGAGCACAAGAUGACAGAUAAGCAUGCCACUGUGGCUUCAGCAGAAGAGUUUUCAAACACUAUCGAUGAACUUUCUACAGAUAUAAUUUUAAAAACCAGACAGAUUAGCAAAUUGAUAGAUUCAUUGCCGGGUGUUGAUGUUUCUGAGGAUGAACAAUUGAGAAAGAUAGAUAUACUACAAAAGCAGUUGUUGAAAGAAGAAGAUGAGAAGGUGGAAGCAGUGAAGGAGAAGGAAAAACUUUUAUCGAACCUGAAUGAGGUAACGUCUCUAUUUGUGGCUGGUAUCUCUAAAGCGGGUACAACCGUGGACUCAAAAGACGAUCCUCUUCACAAUGACAAAGAUACUUCACAAAUCUAA